CCACAAUUACGAUCGCAUGAUUUAUAACAAACUUCAAAAUCUUCGCCAAGGUAGUCGCACCGUCGACGAGUACGCAGAAGAAUUCUCUCUGUUACUAACACGUACAGAGAUUCACGACAGCCAAAUUCAGUUAGUUGCUCGUUUUAUUGGUGGUCUCCGACAACAACUGCAAAACGCGAUGGCCCAGUUUGAUCCUACCUCCAUAAGCGAAGCACACCGGCGAGCAGCAACCUUCGAACAACAAGCUAAGUCGUCAAACUGGAACUAUACCUCGUCCCGAGCAAAACCUCCGGAAACGGCAACUAGUACGGCUUCUACUUCAGCCAAAGAAACGAACGAAACCGGACAGAACCGCCCACCGGCUACAGAAGAACAAACCUUGCGCAGGUCCACUCGUCAAACGGCUAUCCGUUGUUAUUCUUGUGGAGAACCAGGACACCGAAUAUCGGCUUGUCCACACACUUCCCGUCAGGGUCUCGUCAUCGAUGAUGCCUCUGGUGAUCACGAGGUGUACGAUUCCCAAGAAGAGGAGACAGACGAUGAUGACGAUAUGGUUCACAAAACCAGCGGAGAUACAGGUCACAUGCUUGUAUUACGACGUUCUUGCUUCACUCCUCGUCGUCAAGAUGAGCAUUGGCUUCGAACCAAUAUCAUCCGUUCUACUUGCACUAUUAAUGGCCGCGUUUGUACUUUCGUCAUUGAUUCGGGUAGUUGUCGGAAUGUCAUCUCCAAUGACGCUGUCACUAAACUUGGUCUCACCCGUGAAAAGCAUCCUUCGCCUUACACUCUCGGAUGGCUUAAUGACAGUGCUACGGUUCGUAUAUCCGAACGGGCCCUUGUCUCUUUCUCCAUUGGACCUUACUAUAAAGAUCGUAUGUAUUGCGACGUGGCUCCAAUGGACAUCAGCCACUUAUUAUUGGGAAGGCCAUGGGAGUUCGACCGUAAGGUGAUGCAUAAUGGAGCCGACAAUACUUAUCAAUUCAUGUGGAACACGCAUACAAUUGUGCUUCUUCCGUCUAAAGAAACGGUGACUCCUUUAGCACCUGUUCCCACGACUCUUACUCUGCCGAGUACCACCAAGACAUCAUUGAUUUGCUCCUAUAAGUCAUUCCAGACCGAGUUCAAAGCAGCAGGUGUGGCGUUUGCUUUGUUUCUAUCAGCCAUCUCUGCGCCCGUCACGGGACAGAUACCUCUCGACAUUGAGCACGUUCUGAAUGAGUUCCAAGAUGUAUUUCCGGCCGACUUGCCAACAUCUCUACCACCAUUGCGUGAUAUUCAACACCAUAUCGACCUUGUUCCAGACGCAACACUUCCCAACCGGCCUCAUUACAGAAUGAGUCCCGACGAACACGACGAACUUCGCCGCCAAGUCGAAGAUCUACUCCGUAAAGGUCACAUACGUGAAAGUCUCUCUCUGUGUGCCGUUCCAGCUCUCCUAAUUCCAAAAAAGGAUGGCACUUGGCGUAUGUGUGUGGAUAGUCAGGCAAUUAAUAAAAUCACCGUGCGAUACCGUUUUCCAAUUCCCCGACUAGACGAUUUACUCGAUCAAAUUGGUUUAGCCAUGAUAUUUUCGAAAAUUGAUCUAAAGAGUGGAUAUCAUCAAAUACGGAUCCGUCCGGGGGAUGAAUGGAAGACAGCUUUCAAAACCCGUGAAGGAUUGUUCGAAUGGCUUGUCAUGCCUUUUGGUCUCUCAAAUGCACCGAGCACUUUUAUGCGCAUUAUGAAUCAAGCUCUUCGUCCCUUUAUUGGCAAGUUCGCAGUGGUAUAUUUUGAUGACAUCUUAAUUUUCAGUGCUUCGCCGACCGAGCAUGUCGCCCAUAUACGAUAG